AUGGCGAGGUCAGCGCGAGCAAAAUGUGGGUUCCGGAGACUCCUGGCUGUUCUUCUCCUGUUCAUUCUAGGGCAGACCUGGAUCAUCCUUAUGUCCCUUCCACAAUCCUUCCGUCAGAUAGCGAUGGAAAACGCAGCUCUGGCACAGAGACAUAGUGAAAUGACAUAUAAACGAGACGUCACUGAGGAGGAAAUAUACACGUCAAAACUGGACCAAACUCUGCAAAGCAUCCUUACCCGUCACCGGAACUCAGACGACAUCAAACAUUUCCCGUACAAUAUCUCCGCUGGAGACACUUUAUCCAUCCGGCGUCCAGUUCCUGAUACUAGGCAUGCCGAAUGUCAACGCAUCACUUAUACCAUAGAUACCCUACUUACGGUGUCUGUUGUAGUGAUCUUCCACAACGAGGCUCUGUCUACUUUGCUCCGGACUGUCCAUAGCGUUAUAGAUAGGUCCCCCGAGAAAAUCCUCAAGGAAGUGAUACUCGUGGACGACGCCAGCACUAUGACGUACCUUAAGAACGAUCUGGACAUGUAUCUAUCCUUGGUACCCAAAGCCAGAGUGAUAAGGAACCGUCACAGGGACGGACUGGUCAGAUCAAGGAUGACCGGAGCUCGGAAUGCCAGUGGUGACGUGUUGGUAUUCUUUGAUGCACACAUGGAGUGUAACACGCGCUGGUUGGAGCCACUUCUAUACACGCUCCAGGAGGAACCGACAGCUAUCUUACAGCCUGUGGUUGACGUGAUAGCCGCUAAGACGAUGGAAUAUUACGCCUACAACAGAGGACCAAGGUUCCGUGGGGGAUUCGGCUGGGAUCUAAGGUACUCUUGGUUUAUGAUGCCAGAAUACUUGGAGUUGGGCAUAACAUCAAAGACUACUCCCUUCAUAACUCCCGUCCUCGUGGGAAACGCCAUUGCUGUACGGAGUGAUCACUUUCUUAAGAUUGGUGGCUUUGACGAGGGGCUGGAUAUAUGGGGAGGGGAACACUUCGACUUGUCCUUUAAAAACUGGAUGUGUGCAGGGAGAGUGUUGACUGUUCCAUGCUCCAAAGUCGGACAUCUUUUCAAGGAGGGCCAUAGUUACAGUUUCGAAGGAGACCGCUUCAUGAUUAUUCGAAAGAACCUGAUGAGAGUAGCGGAAAUAUGGAUGGACGAGUAUAAAGAUAUUUUCUACAAAGUAAGCGGUGGACGGAAUGCUAAUUUCCCAGUGCUGGACCUGAAAUCCCUGAAAAAACAAAAGGAUUUCAUUAAGUCUUUGAACUGUAAACCAUUUCGAUGGUACCUUAAGACGGUCCUUCCGGAACAGAAGGUGCCCCCUACUGACGCCGCUUUCUAUGGGGAGAUAACCAAUGUCAAGACAUCGGCAUGCUUUACGGUCUUGGAUGACAAUUUCAUAGGCAUCACUUUUGAUUGUUUUAAGUAUAGAAUUCUGCCUUUUAAUUCGUUUACUUUUACAAAGAACGGUGAAUUCAAAUACAACGAUAAAUGUAUCUUUGUCGAUAGCCAGAACCUGUUUCUGAAAGUAGACGCAUGUGAUGGAAAACCAGGUUUACUAGCCGGAAGGUGGUUGUUCCAAACCGAUAAUCCUGCCACGUUAUCGGGAAAUCUGAAAUUCGAGGUAAUGGCUGGAGUUCAUAUGCUUUGUGUGAGACACGUGACAGCUGUCGUACCCAACGUCCAUUUUAGAGAACAGAUGGUGCAAGCUGUAGAAUGCAAUAGUAGUUCGAACUCCGGAGCGCUCUACCAAAAUUGGGCUUUUAUGUAUAAACUUGCAUGA